AUGGAAGUGAAAAUUGUUUCAAUAGAUCACAUCAAACCAUCUUCACCAACACCUUCUCACCUCAGAACUUUCAAGCUCUCUCUUUUGGACCAGCUUAUUCCCAGUCCGUACGCUCCCAUAAUCCUCUUUUACCCACCAAACGACGACGUUUCAAAUUCAAACAAGCUAGAAUCUCUGAAGAAAUCUCUAUCCGAAACCCUAACCGAUCUUUACCCGCUCGCCGGAAAGAUCAAGGACGACCUCUCGAUCGACUGCGACGACGGAGGAGCUUAUUUCGCUGAAGCUAAGGUUGACUCUUCUCUAAGAGAUUUCCUUAACCAACCCGAUUAUCUCUUACUGCUUCAAAAACUCCUUCCUUGCGACCUAAAUUUCGCAGCGUCCAACCGUAAUGAUAAUAAUCACGUGGCGAAUAUCCAGAUCAACGUCUUCGGAUGCGGUGGAUUAGCUGUUGGCUUAUGCAUUUCUCACAAGAUCUUAGACGGCGCCGCUUUGAGCUCCUUCCUCCGAUCAUGGGCCACCACGGCCCGCGGAGAUCGGACAUGCAAGGCGGCACGGCCGCCGAGCUUCGAGGCGGCUAAUUCUCUCUUCCCGGCAAACGAUGCUGGAGACUUGUGGCUGAGAGACACGUCCAUGGUGAUGUUCGGUUCGUUUUUCACCAAAGGAAAGUGCGUAACGAAGAGAUUCGUGUUCGACGCCUCGGCCAUAUUGUCUCUGAGGAGCGAAGCGAGUCGUAGCUCGUCGAGUGCGGCCGUCCAAAACCCGACGCGCGUGGAGGCCGUCUCGGCUUUCAUUUGGCGGUGCGUCAUCUCGGCCGCUAAGGACCGAAACGGCGGCGUUUCGAGGCCUUCGCUGUCGACGCAUCUGGUCAACCUCCGCAGAAGAACGACGCCGUUUUUGUCGGAGCAUUGCCUAGGGAAUCUGCUCUGGAUUGCCUCGGCGCAAAGUAGACCGGCGAGGGGUGAUCAUGCCGUGGCGGGGGUGAGUGAGUUGGUGGGUUUGUUGAGAGAGUCAUUCUCGAAAACUGAUGGCGAUUUUGUGAAGAGAUUGAGAGGGGAAAAACGGAGGUUUCGAAUGCUGGAGUCUCUAAACAGAAUAAUUCAGGUAAUGGGAGACGGGGAAAUGGACCAAAUUGGGUUUAGCAGUUGGUGCAAGUUUGGGUUCUAUGAGGCUGAUUUUGGUUGGGGAAGGCCUGCGUGGGUGAGUAGUUUUGGGUUGAGUGGUUCGGUUUUCAUGAAGCUCGUGAUAUUAGCGGACACCAGGUUGGGCGAUGGGAUUGAGGCGUGGGUGACUCUGGACGAGCGUGACAUGGCUAUUAUGGAAUCAAACACGGAACUUCUCCAAUUGGCUCAAGUUGAUCCCACCCCUUUCUAG